AUGCAUUGCUGCCGGUCCGAUUCCAAGCUAGAAGCUGCUGAAAAAACAUCUGAAAAGCCUAAAGCACGCAGUGUUGGAAUCAAUCAACUUGGUGGUAGAUAUGAGAGUGGACGUCCUCUUCCCCUUUCUGUACGUUAUCAGAUUGUUGAAUUAAUGCAAAACGGUCUACGAACUUGUGAUAUCUCGAAGCAGCUUAAAAUUACCCAUGGAUGUGUUAGCAGAAUUUUGGCACGUUUUUAUAAAAAUGGUACUGUAAUGCCAUUUACAGUUCGUCGUUGUAAACCUCGUGUCACAACUCCUCAGAUAAAUUUUGUCCUUUUGUUAAAACGUCAGCAUCCAAAUAUUUUUGCUUGGGAGAUUCGUGAAAACUUACUGCAGAAUGGAAUAUGUCAAAGAUAUAAUGUUCCAUCGAUAAGCACUAUAUCCAGAAUUAUACGGAAUAGCAAAGAAGAGACAAAUUCAUCUUCUGACUCAUCUCAGAUGUCAAGCUUUCACUUCCUUAUAAUCAAUCCUGAUCUCAAAACACGAAUUGCAGCAUCAAAGUUAGAAGCGACUGAUAUUAUUGGUACUUAUUGCGAUUCCACAGUUACACCCUCAUCAUCAUCAAUAGUACCAGCAGCACUACCAGCAGAAGUACCAUCAAUAGAAGAGCAUCACUGGAGCGAUCGAUCAGAUAUUGAAAUGCUUUAA